GAGCCAUGUCGGCCCUGCUGGGGCUCAGGCCCGAGGUGCAGGACACCUGCACCUCGCUGGGGCUGAUGCUGUCGGUCGUGCUGCUCAUGGGGCUGGCCCGCGUGGUCGCCUGGCAGCAGCUGCACAGCCCCAAGGCCCACGCCUUCGUCUUGGAGUUUCUGGCUACCUUCCAGCUCUGCUGCUGCACCCACGAGCUGCUAGUCCUGAGCGAGCAGGACCCCGCGCACCCCACCUGGCCGCUGACGCUCAUCUACUUCUUCUCGUUGGUGCAUGGUCUGACUUUGGUGGGCACCGCCAGCAACCCCUGCGGCGUGAUGAUGCAGAUGAUGUUAGGGGGAAUGUCCCCCGAGAUAGGUGCAGUAAGUCUAUUGGCCCAGCUGAUUAGUGCCCUAUGCAGCAGAUACUGCAUAGGCGCCCUGUGGAGCCUGGGUCUGACCAAGUACCACGUCAGCGAGAGGAGCUUCGCUUGCAGGAAUCCCAUCCACGUCGACUUGCCCAAAGCGGUCAUCAUAGAGACCAUCUGCUCCUUCAUCUUCCACAGCGCCUUGCUGCACUCCCAGGAGAUCCGAACAAAGCUUCGUAUCCACCUGCUGGCAGCACUCAUCACCUUUUUGGUUUAUGCAGGAGGAGGUCUAACAGGAGCGGUGUUUAAUCCAGCUUUGGCACUUUCACUACAUUUCAAGUGUUUUGAUGAAGCAUUCUCUCAAUUUUUUAUAGUAUAUUGUCUGGCUCCUUCUAUAGGUAUAUUGUUGAUGGUUUUGAUGUUCAGCCUUUUCCUUCCCUGGCUCCAUAACAACCACAUAAUUAAUAAAAAGGAAUGA